AAUGCGCGCGGUUUAUGACUUCGCCGCCGUACUUCGACCGUCUCCAAAGAAUUUUUUUUUCCCACCAUAAAUAGAUCGUAGCUUUCCCUCGGAGAGGUCCUCAUUUCGAUCUCCCCUGUUUCUCGUUAGCAUCCGAUAAAGACUUCUCGAGAAGCCUAGCAAGCAUUUGGAGAGAUGGGGAGCUCUGAGAUUUCGUGGAAAUUGGCGGAUCACCCGAAGCUUCCAAAGGGGAAGACGGUGGCCGUCGUGGUUUUGGAUGGAUGGGGCGAAGCCAGUCCCGAUCAGUACAACUGCAUUCACGUCGCCCAGACCCCUACCAUGGAUUCACUCAAGCAGGGUGCUCUGGAAAGGUGGAGAUUGGUAAAGGCUCAUGGCAAAGCGGUGGGACUUCCUACUGAUGACGACAUGGGUAACAGUGAAGUAGGUCACAAUGCGCUUGGUGCAGGACGCAUUUAUGCCCAAGGUGCUCAGCUGGUGGAUCUUGCACUUGCCUCUGGAAAGAUAUAUGAAGGGGAAGGUUUUAAGUACAUCAAGGAAUGUUUUGAUCACGGUACUUUGCAUCUCAUUGGGUUAUUGAGUGAUGGAGGUGUCCACUCUCGGCUUGAUCAGUUACAGUUGCUACUGAAAGGUGCUAGCGAGAAUGGUGCAAAAAGAAUCUGUGUGCAUAUUCUUACUGAUGGCCGUGAUGUUUUGGAUGGGUCAAGUGUUGGUUUUGUAGAAACACUUGAGAAAGAUCUUUUGAAGCUACGAGAGAAAGGUGUUGAUGCAAAGAUUGCAUCUGGUGGAGGUCGGAUGUAUGUUACCAUGGAUCGCUACGAGAAUGAUUGGAGCGUUGUUAAACGUGGCUGGGAUGCUCAGGUUCUUGGUGAAGCACCACACAAGUUUCAAAGUGCUGUUGAAGCUGUGAAAAAGCUCAGGGAAGAACCCAAAGCCAAUGAUCAGUACCUGCCCCCUUUUGUUAUAGUUGAUGAGAGUGGCAAGGCAGUUGGGCCAAUAGUGGAUGGUGAUGCAGUUGUAACAUUGAACUUCCGAGCAGAUCGUAUGGUUAUGCUUGCUAAAGCACUAGAAUAUGAAGAUUUUGACAAAUUUGACCGUGUUCGCUUUCCAAAGAUUCGAUAUGCUGGAAUGCUUCAGUAUGAUGGUGAAUUGAAGCUUCCAAGCCAUUAUCUUGUUUCUCCUCCAGAGAUAGAGAGGACAUCAGGAGAAUACUUAGUGCACAAUGGCAUUCGUACUUUUGCUUGCAGUGAGACUGUCAAGUUUGGUCAUGUCACCUUUUUCUGGAACGGCAAUCGAUCUGGGUAUUUUGACCCGUCAAUGGAAGAAUAUGUUGAAAUUCCAAGUGAUUCAGGAAUUACAUUUAAUGUCAAACCCAAGAUGAAGGCCUUGGAAAUUGCUGAAAAGGCAAGGGACGCUAUCCUCAGCCGCAAGUUUGACCAGGUUCGUGUCAACCUUCCUAAUGGAGAUAUGGUGGGACAUACUGGUGAUAUAGAGGCCACCAUUGUGGCAUGCAAGGCUGCUGAUAAUGCUGUCAAGAUCAUUCUGGAUGCAAUAGAGCAAGUGGGUGGAAUAUAUGUUGUCACUGCAGAUCAUGGAAAUGCUGAGGACAUGGUGAAGAGGAACAAAUCCGGCCAACCCCUACUUGACAAAAAAGGGGACAUUCAAAUUCUUACUUCCCACACUCUUCAACCAGUUCCCAUUGCCAUUGGAGGCCCUGGCCUUGCACCUGGUGUCAGAUUCCGGAAUGAUGUACCUGAUGGUGGCCUUGCCAAUGUUGCUGCCACUGUUAUGAAUCUCCAUGGUUUUGAGGCUCCUAGUGACUACAAGCCGACCCUCAUUGAAGUAGUUGACAAUUGAAUGCAACAUAGCUUAAGGCAGGCAUUAUAUUGGUGCAUUUGGAGUCCUACUCAAAUUUUGCUAACAACACUGUAGGUGUGGCAGGGAGGUCAAAAUAAUUUUUUUGUGGAACUUUCAUUUUUGCGAGCAGCAGUAAAGGGUUCUGAUACACAGUCACUUCUACAGUGAAUUAUUGUUGUGUGGGGGUUCUCCCACCAUGACACUCUUUGAGGAUAUCUUGAAUGUUUUGUGCCUUGGAAAAUUAUUUAACUUGAAAUAGGCGAUCCAUUUUCUGUUAUCAUGA